AAGACUGACGACAAAAUGCAUCCUUUUACAGCCAAGCCAGAGCCUUCAGAAUGCAAAAGUCUAAAUUUCAGAGAAUUUCGAUUUGCUCAGACAAUGAUCUUCGCUAUUGAAGAAAUAAACAACAGGACAGAUCUUCUUCCUGGAGUUUCUUUGGGGUAUAAAAUUUAUGACACGUGUGGCUCAAUACCUUUGUCCAUAAGAGCAGCCAUGGCUUUAAUGAAUGGAAAUGAAGAAACUCUCUCUGACACCUCCUGCUCCAGACCAGCUGCAGUUCAAGCUAUAAUUGGAGAAUCUGGAUCAUCACCAUCCAUAGCAGUGUCCUCAGCUGUUGGACCUUUUCAGAUUCCUUUGAUAAGUCACUUUGCUACUUGUUCUUGCUUAAGUGAUAAAAAUGAGUUCCCUACAUUCUUCAGAACCAUCCCCAGUGACUAUUAUCAGAGCAGAGCCCUGGCAAAACUUGUGAAGCAUUUUGGAUGGACCUGGGUUGGGGCCAUUAGAAGUGACAGUGAUUAUGGCAACAAUGGGAUGGCUACAUUUGUACAAUCUGCCCAGCAAGAGGGGAUCUGUAUAGAAUAUUCAGUAGCCAUUUACAGAACGGAUCCAAGAGAGAAAAUUCUCAAAGCCAUUGAUGUUAUUAUGAAGAACACAGCAAAGGUUAUUGUGGCCUUUCUUGCUCAAGGAGAGAUGGCUGUUUUAUUAAAAGAAUUAUCACUUCAGAAUGUGACUGGUUUCCAAUGGGUUGGCAGUGAAUCAUGGAUAACUGCCCGAAACCUGGCCACACUAGAAGGUUACAAGAUUUUGGGAGGUUCUAUUGGAUUUGGCAUCAGAAAGACCAAAAUCGAUGGGUUAAAAGAUUUUCUGUUGAAUGUCCGUCCAUCUCAGAUUCCUGAAAAUACUCUUGUAAAUGAGUUUUGGGAAACUGCUUUUAGAUGUUCCUUUUCACAAAAAGAGAAUACAACAAACAGAAAGUCAUGUACAGGAUCUGAAAGCUUGGGAGAAAUAAACAACCAGUAUACAGAUGUGUCUGAACUGAGAAUAUCCAAUAAUGUGUAUAAAGCAGUGUAUGCUAUAGCUCAUUCACUGCACAAUCUGCUUGAGUACAAUAAAAUACACAGUGUUUCUACCAACUUUAGUAUGGCACAAGAAAUUGCAGUUGCGCCAUGGCAGGUUCUAGAGCAACUUAAAAAUGUGAACUUCACCUUAAAAACUGGUGAGCAAGUCUUCUUUGACGAUAAUGGAGAUCCAAUUGCAAGAUAUGAAUUAGUGAACUGGCAGCUUGUUAAUGAGAGCAAUACACUGUUUAUGACUGUUGGAUACUAUGAUGCUUCUCUGCCAGCAGCUCAACAGUUUGUCAUGAAUCACGUCAACAUUGUGUGGGCAGGUGGUGAACAUAGGAAGCCUGAGUCAGUGUGCAGUGAGAGCUGUCUCCCAGGCACUCGAAAGGCAGUUCAGAGAGGAAGGCCUGUGUGUUGCUAUGACUGUAUUCAGUGUGCUGAAGGAGAGAUCAGCAAUACUACAGACUCUAUCAUUUGUAUUCAGUGUGAUCUGGAAUAUUGGUCAAAUGGAAAAAGAGACAAAUGUAUAUUGAAGGCCGUUGAAUUUUUAUCUUUUGAAGAAAUUAUGGGAAUACUACUUAUAAUUUUUUCAUUGCUUGGCGUUUUGUUAACCUUCGGUGUAGCAUUGGUUUUCUUUCAGCACAAGCAUACUCCCAUUGUCAAAGCCAAUAACUCUGAACUGAGUUUCCUUCUGCUCUUUUCAUUGACUCUGUGUUUCCUCUGUUCACUUACUUUCAUUGGCCAGCCCUCUGACUGGUCCUGUAUGUUGCGCCACACAGCAUUUGGGAUCACAUUUGUCCUGUGCAUCUCUUGUGUUCUGGGGAAAACAAUAGUGGUGUUAAUGGCCUUUAGGGCUACACUGCCAGGCAAUAACAUUAUGAAAUGGUUUGGGCCCAAACAGCAGCGAUUAAGUGUUCUUGCUUUCACCCUUAUACAAGUCUUGAUUUGUGUUCUCUGGGUGACAAUAUCACCUCCUUUUCCUUAUAAGAACAUGAAAUACUACAAAGAAAAAAUCAUUCUGGAGUGUGACCUGGGAUCUGCAGGUGCAUUCUGGGCUGUGUUGGGGUAUAUAGGAUUCCUCUCUGCCUUGUGCUUUGUGCUCGCUUUCCUGGCUCGGAAGCUGCCUGAUAACUUCAAUGAAGCCAAAUUCAUUACAUUCAGCAUGCUCAUAUUCUGUGCUGUCUGGAUCACUUUUAUUCCAGCUUAUAUCAGCUCUCCCGGGAAGUUCACAGUAGCUGUGGAAGUAUUUGCAAUAUUAGCUUCUAGUUUUGGUUUACUCUUUUGUAUUUUUUCUCCAAAAUGUUAUAUUAUUUUAUUAAAGCCACAGUAUAACACAAAGAAAAAUAUGAUG